AUGGAGAAUUCAAUUAGACAUUCGGUAGAUAUAAAGUCAGAAGAUUUUGUAGUUAUAAUUGCCCUUCAGAAUUUACAAACUUUUAUUAUGAUUGGAUAUACAGCAGUAAAUAAAAUACAUUUAACAUUCGAUGUUGCAUAUUUAUGGGCAUUAUGUCUUGGGACAUUAUUAUUUAUAUAUUCUUUGAUUAGCUUUGUUGUAAUAAGAACUUUUGUUUUAUCAAAAAUUGAUAUUGGAAAAUAUGUUUUAGAAAUUUUAUUUUUUAUAAGUAUUAUAGUUACCUGUACCUUAUCUUUAAUUAUUGAUUCUUUUAAAAUAGCUAAUAUGCAAUUAUUAUUUUUCUCCUUUGCUCUUACUGGGUAUGCUUACUAUAAUUUAAUAACCUUGUUUUUUUUUAGUGUAGCUGCAGGAAUAUUAAUACAAUAUAAUUUAAAUAUAGGAUCAUUUGGAGCUGAUAUCGAUGCUUUGUUUUUUGUUGAUCUCUUAUCUUAUAUUUUACAAAUUGUUGGAGGUAAUAUCUUAUAUUUCCGUGUGUAUGAAUUAUGUUGUCUUUUAGUCAUAUCAAAAAAAAACCCUUGUAAAUAUGUUGUUGCUUCAAAAAAAGUCAAGAACUUAGAAAAACAAAUAUUUUCCUCAUUAAUCAAUUCAUAUAUAUGUUUUAAAUCCAAAACAUAUUCACACUUACCAUAUCCUAAUGAUUCUAAAAAUAAUAAUAACUUAUCUAUUGUAACCUAUGAAAAAAAGAAACAUGGCGUACUACAUAAUAAAUAUUCACAUGGUAAUAAAAAUAGCCAUUUUUCUAGUGACAUGAAUACUACAACGUAUUACAAUACAAAUAAUAAAAACAAAGCACAUUUUAAUUCAAAAUGUACAACACCCUAUAACAUAUCAUCUAAUAAUAGUAAUAGUAAUAGUAACAAUUGGGGGUCAAAAAUUCAGACACACAAUAUAGACAAAAAAAAAAUAUCCCAAAACGAAAAGGACACAAAUGAAUAUUUCCAUUUGACUAGCUCAAAAAAAAAAAAAAAAAAAAAAAAAAAAAAAAUUUCCAAUAUUGUUCAAAAAAAAAAUAGUAAUACUGUAAAUAUGAAUAUUUCUCAAAAUGAUUAUUUUAUAUUUCCAUUUAAUGAAGGUAACUAUAAGCAAAUGGAAACAGGAGAUGAUACAUCAACAUUAGAACAACAUAAUGAUAAUACAAAUAAAAAUGAGCAUAAUAUUGGACAACGAAAGGAUAAUGAAUCACACGUUAUAAUUAAUAUCUCAAAUAAUAAUAAUAAAAAUAAUGAUAAUAUUUAUAGUAGUAGAAGUAAUAGUAUUUAUUGUAAUAAAAAUGAAUAUCCUACUGAUAAUCUCAGCCAUACUAAUUAUUCAAAAGUGAACUCAAAAUCAGAUACAAUUGAUAUAGCAAAUCAAAAUAUAGAAAAAGAACCAACAAAAUUGAAAAAUAUUAAAAAUACAAAUCAUUUAAUUAAAAAUGAAGAACAAAACUCUCUUAUUACAAAUAUAUACAAAAAUACAUUGGAAAUAAAAGACAAAGAAGAAGAUACACAUAUAAUAGACUAUUACAAGAAUAAUAUUAAUAGUAAUAGUAAUAUACAUAUAACAGAAAAUAAAAUGAAUAAAAUAAGAAACUGCUUACUCAUAAAAUGCUAUAUUGAUAAUAAAAAUAAACAAGCAAUUGAAAAUAAUGAAAUGGAUAAUAAUAAUUUACUAUCAAAUGAAGAAAAAUAUAAAAUAAAAAACAAUACAGAAAAGGUAAGUCAAAUAGAAAAACAAAAUCAAUAUAAUUUUGAAGAUGAUAAUAAUAUAUAUAAUAAUUGUAAAUUAUUAACAUGUAAUUAUAAUAUAUUAAAUAAAACAUGUAAUUUAUAUGCUUCUAAAAUACUUUCACAAAAUGAUAUUACUUUGUAUGAAGAUAUCAUUAUGCAAAAUGAAAUAACAAAUGAACCUAUAAAAGAUAUAUCAACAAAACAAAAAAAAAAAAAAAAAAAUUGCAAUGUAUAUCCCAUAAAUGAAAUGAACAAAAAGGAUAAAAAUAAUAAUCAUAUAUAUAAUAAUAACAAUAAUAAUAAUAAUAAUAAUAAUAAUAAUGGUGAUGAUAGUUUUAUUCAUGGUGAAUACAAAAAUAUUGUAUCCAACACAUAUGUAGAAGAUCAACAUUAUACAACCUUCAUGACAGAAGAUUUAAAUACAUACGAUUCAGACGAUUCAAUAAAAUUAAAAAAUAUAGAAAUUGAUAAAAAUAUGUUGAUAUCAGAUGAAAGUGAAUUAUGCGAAAUUAAAAAAAAAGUCUUAGGAAAAAAAUAUGAAGAAGAAAAAAAUAACAAUAACAAUAAAGAUAACGAUACAAAUGACAAUAAAAAUAGUAUAAUUUUCAAGAAAUCAAAAAGUGCUAUAUGCAUAGGAGAUACAAAAAUAAAUAAAACAAGUCAUAUUAAUUUUUUAAAUAGUAAAAACUCGUCAAAUCAUAAAUAUUUUUCAAAUAACAAAUAUUUUUCAAAUAACAAAUAUUUCUCAAAUAAUAAAUAUUUCUCAAAUAAUAAAUGUCUUCAAAAUAAUAAAUAUCUUACAAGUAGCAAAAAUUUUUCAAAUAAUAAUAGUAACAGUGUUACAUCAAAAACAUUCUUAAGUAAUUAUAUACAAAAAACAUCGAAUAUGGAUAUUAAAAAUUCAUAUAAUACAGCAUCUUAUAGUAAUAUAAACAAAAGAAUUAAUAUGAAUACAAGACAAACAUAUGAUAUUUUAGAUAAAAUUAUAGAAUUAGAUAUUAGUAAUCAAACCAAAAAAAAACAAAAAAAACAUAAAAGAAAAGAUUUGUCUUUAUAUCCAAAUAAAAAAAAAAUAUAUUUCUCAUCAAAAAAAAAUGGUGCUAAAUAUAAAUUCUUAUUUAUGAAUAACCCUAAAGUACAAAUGUUAUUUAUGUCCUUACCAAAAUGUUUACAUAAUUUCUUUGAUGUAUCCAAAAAAGUACUUUUUGAUUUAAAAAAAAAAAAAAUACUCAUGCAAAAUGCAACUUGGAAAAGUAAAAUAUUCAUACCUGAAAGAAACCCAUUAGGAAUAUUUAAAAAUCCAAAAUUAGAAAAAUGGUAUAUAUCAUGGAUGGAUGAAUUUAAUAAAAAUAUUAUAUGCAAAACAUAUUAUAUACAUAUAUACUUAAUCGUAUAUAUAAUUCUAUUAGAUUUAUUAACAACAUAUAAAUUAUAUACAUCUAACUGGAUACGUAAUCCAUUAGGCUUUCAAACUUAUGUACCAUUUUUUCUUAUAAAAUCACUAAUAAAUAUUAUCAUAUAUAUAUUUUAUAUAUUUAUAUCAUAUAAAAAUAUAAAUCAAUCAUUUUAUGAUAUUAAAAAAUAUUACUUUUCCACACUUUCAUUAUGCCUAUGCAAACUUAUUUUAAGCUUAUUAGAUAUAUAUAUUGCUAUCUCUUCAUUAGAUUAUUUUAAAAGCCCAUAUUAUGUUUAUGUAUAUAUACAUAUGUUAAUAAUUCAAACAUCCAUAUUAUUAAUAGUAAGAUAUCCAACACACUAUUUAUUGUUUUUUCUAUAUAUUAUAUCAUUCACAUCUUUAUAUUGGUCUUUCUCAAUCCACAAAGCAUUUAUGGAAUUCCUUUUUAUAAUCGCUUGUAUAUCAUUUACAAUUAUAUACUCUUAUAUUCUAUGCUCAAGAACAUUAGAAAUUAAUAGAAGAAACUUAUUUUCAAAAUAUGAGCUACCCUAUUUAUUAUAUCUUAAGGAAAUUGUACAUUGUCUCAAGAAAAAUCAAAAUAAAAAAUAUAUGUGA